AUGACUCCUGUAAGUAGAAUUUUACGAAGUGGUAUUGAAGUUACCGUUAAAAAGCCUAAUAUUAUAAUAAAUUAUGUAAAACAUAUAGGUGGUGUCGAUCGUGCAGAUCAAUUAGCCUCAACGUACUGUUUCUUAAGAAAAUCCUUAAAGUGGUUGAGUAAACUGUUUUUUUUGGGGUCUAGAAAUUUGCUCAAUAAAUUCACACGUGCUCGAGCUUCGACUUCAACCUUCGAUUCCGAGGACAUCCCUCUAAAUGGAAAUCUGCAUAAUAUUUUAACAGGAGUAAGGAAGGACUGUAAAGUCGGCUCUAAAAGUAAAAACCCCGGUAAAAGACAACAAACGACAUACUUUUGCGAUACUUGUCCCGAUAAGCUGGGCAUGAAUCUCGGAUAUUGUUACAUGAAAUAUCACACAAAACUAAAUUACAAGGACUAA